ACUUGUCCACUACGUAACUAUUUUGUGUCCAUUUCUAGGUCAACAAAAAGUUAAUCAGAUUAAAGUGAAUAUGGAUUUUUCUGAGAGUAGCGCAGAGCGUGGAGGCACGGCUCGACGUGUGGAUGGACAGCGCCCAGUUUCUAGAAGAGGUUUUCGCGAGUACACCAAUAGUGGUUCUGCUCUUUCAAGAAGUGCCACGAUGAGACCCACAUCAGCUUAUAGAGGGAGUACUGCCUUUCGGCUAUCGACUGCAGGAUUUGGUCCAGCUCCCCCCACUGCUAGCCGACAAUCUACUGCUGUAACUGGAUUCUCUAUGAUCGAUAGACCAAUAACUCAGCAAGGUAUAUCUGGUCUUCGCACAAGUACCGUACGAGGAUUCCGUACACGACAACUACAAGACAAACGAUAUUGGGAGGAGCAGAUGCAAGUCAAGGUACGAGAGAUGAAGGCUGAAAUCGCAAGACUGACGGACCAAGCUGAUGCGGGAGAAAGGGAAAAGUCUGCGAAGAAACACUAUGAGAAGAGAGUUAGAGAAUUAGCACAAGAGUUGACUGAUCUUCAAGGACGUUUAGCAGAUUACAACACAGCGAUUCGCAUCGCCAAUGGUGAGGCUACGAAGCAAUCAGUUGAAGAGCAAACCAGAGAACUUGAGAUAAAUAAUAAGAAGUUGCAAGAGGAAGUCGAACUGGUGUUCUUGGAGAAACAGAGGAAAGAGAAUCAGUUACGGCAACUUAGAGAACAAAUGGAGAAGGAACAAUCCUCAAUUUCCAAAAUACUAUCAGAAAUGACACCAGAACAAAAGGAGCAAUACAGCGAGCUUGAAGCAAACGCUGCAGCUCUUCGUGAAGAAGUAGAGCAAGCCAGAAUACAAAUUGACCACCUCACUAGAGAGAAAGAAGAAUUCAGUAAAGAGAUAUCUGGUUCACAGUUAAAAAUGCAUCUACUGGAGUUACACAGGAAACUAUUAGCCGCAGAAGAGAAGCGAGAUAAUUUAAAGGACGAAAUGAAUAACAGGUUAGAUCCACAAGAAGAAAGAGAAAAAUUACUAUUACAGGUUCGCGAGGACAAUGCGGCGAUUGCUUCUCUUGAUAGCAACGCCAAUAAUCUAAAGGAACAAAUCCGUAUGGUUCAAGAGUUAAUUGAACAAGCUGAACAGGAUCUUGAAGAAGGCAAUUCUGAACGCCACCAAAAAUACAGAGAACUUAAGAAGCGUGAGGAAACCAUGGAUACAUUUAUGUCUACUUAUGAAGAGAACCUUAAAAAGGAACAAGAAAAAAUGGAACAAUUGGAAAAGGAUAUUGUCUUUGCACUAGAACAUAGCAGUUCUAAUAUAGACCUGGAUUUAAGUGAAAUUGAUUCGUUGAAGCAGAAGGAAGGGUAUUCUUCAGUCUACGAUGAAAGUAAGAAAUCGGUGGAAACUUUGACUAAAGAUUACGAAAGAUUUCAAGCAAAUCUGAAAAAGGCUGAAGCAACUCGCGAACGCUUAGCCACUGAGCUUCAAACACUUCCAGAAAAAACUGGAGUUAUGAAAGAGGAACUGAUCACUUUAUCAGACUUGGAAAAAUUGCGGGAUGAAGGCGAAGAACAGAAAAAGAAUUUGGAGAGUGAAUUGCGGUUGCUGAAAGAAAAACUGGCACCAACAGAAAGUGCUGUCGUGGAAGCAACUAAUAAACUAAGGAGACUGCAGGAGAGCCUUGAUGGCAACGAAAUGUAUGGAAAGCUGAACAGCCUGGAGGAACAACUUGCUCAGUUGGAGAAUCGAAAAACGAUACUUGAAGAGGAUAUAGCCUCCAUAACACUAAAAGCUGAUUACGAACCAAUAAAGAAGGAAGCUAUGAAAGAACUUGCGGCUUUGAAUAAGAAAAUAAUUGAAGAUCUUAAUAGUAAUAAGCCUUAUUAAUAAAUCAUUAGUUUUGUUUUUUCAAUAGUGUUGGUUUUACUGCUAUCCUGCCCUUUUAGCGAGAAAAUUGUAAUUUAUAGUGAUAUAACUCAUGCCAAUAAGGAAAAUAAAAUUAAAAUUACUCCCAUUUCUCUCUCAUUUACACACUAUACAUGUGUAUAGUGUGUGAGUGAGAGGGAAUAAAUAACGUCAUAUUAUUAUCUAUUUCAUUUCGUUUCUUUAUUGACAAGGAGUUAAUCCCAAUAGUUAUUAUUGGCUGAAAUUAUAGUAUUCUUGCUGCAAUUACGCAUUUUAGCCAAUAAUGACAGACUGUCACUACGAUUGCGAUCCACAUACUGUAACUCACAAACUACGGUCUUACGGUGCUAAAUUCCUUAACGAUGGUACUUUAUUAAAAGAAAUGAAACGAUAAAAAUCAUUAAUAAACAAACGUGUACUAAUAAAAUAAUAUCACAGAUAUCACUAACAAUUUAUAUCCAUAUUAUUACAUAGAACACUCACUAAAAUCCUAUGUACGCAUAACACAAUCAUAA